AACAUUGAUAAGAUUUCGGAAUAAAAUGGGGAUACUCGCACACUACUUUUCUCCAUAAGGUUCAAUUGUGUCUCUGACUUCUAAAUAUAAAGACUAAAUAAAAUGGAGCAGUGGAAAAAUAGAGUGGCCGUUGUAACAGGUGCUUCCUCAGGAAUCGGGGCUGCAAUAGCUAAAGAUCUCGUCAAAGCUGGAAUGGUAACGAUAGCAUUAGCUCGCCGGGUUCAAAAGGCUGAGGAGCUCAAGAAGGAACUUCCUGAAAAUCUGAGGCAUAAUUUUCACGCCAUGAAAUGUGAUGUAUCCAAGGAGGAGGAGAUUAUUGAUACAUUUGCUAAGAUUGACUCUCAGUUCAAUGGAAUUGAUGUCUUGAUCAACAAUGCUGGUGUAGCCAGGAACACUAAACUCAUUAAGCACGACAAUUCAGUUCCUGUGAGAGAGGUGAUGGACACAAAUGUUCUUGGUCUUGUCUUCUGCACCAGAGAAGCCUACAAAUCUAUGGAGAAGCAUGGAAGGAAUUCUCAUGUUGUUCAUAUUAAUAGCUUACUAGGCCACCACAUUAUUUUUAGUACCCAAAUGCCAUCGUUUAAUAUGUAUCCUGCAAGUAAAUUUGCAGUAACUGCAAUUACAGAAAUCCAUCGUCAAGAAUUCAUCCGCAGCAAGCACCAUAUUAAAGUGACAUCAGUGAGUCCGGGAUUAGUGAGAUCUGAAAUGACUCAACGGGAUGGUAUUGACUUGACUUCUUUAAUGCCCUCUCUAGAAGCUGAGGACAUAUCCCAAAGCAUCCUUUAUGUAUUAGGGACUCCUCCACAUGUGCAAGUCCACGAACUAACUAUUAAACCAUUCGGUGAAAUGUUUUAAUUUCAAGUGACUUUAUCGGUUUUUGAGUGAUUGAUUGAAGUUGUUUGUAUGUACUUGAAACGACAAUAAAAUUUCAAAAAUG